AUGGAGCAGGACCGCGUAUAUGAGAACACCGACGAGGUGUCCUUCAAAGUGGGAGAGACGAUUCGAGUCGUAGAAAAGGAUGAUGCCUACGGGGAUGGAUGGUGGCAGGGCACAAAUGAAGCGGGUGAGACGGGACUGUUCCCCUUCUCCUAUACCACCCUCGACAAAGACCUCGCAAUGAAUGCCAAAGCCCUCGCCUUGAGCGCAGGUGGACCAGCCAGUGGAACCACUCCCGGCACUGGCACCAUGAAGUCCACCAUGGCAGACCUCGAUCAAGCACUGGACGAACUGCAGGGAGGCGGUGCGCAAGGACAAGGCGGCCCUGCUCGCCGAUCCUUCCAAUCCCAGCAGAGCGCCGAGGGAGACGUAUCACAAUAUCAGGCCCAAGGUGCCAAUGCCGCAUCAGAAGCAGACCGCGAGCGCGAGGAGCAAGCACGCAUGAAGGCUCAGGCUCAGCGCAUCUUUGAGGAGGAAGAGGCGAGGCAGAGGGAGAUGCACGAGGCUGUCGCACGAGGGGAUGUGCCCGAUGAAGGGCCCAAGAGCGAUUCUGAGGGGAGCGCCGCGGGCAGUGCGGCGGGCCUGGACGAGUAUGCGGGGCAGGCGCAUCGCUCGCCGUUGCUGGGUGCGGGCUCCUCUUCUACACCGCCUGUACAGGAUGAGCUCGAUGACGUGCCGGCCACGGGACUUUCACCCAUUCCUGGAUCGACUACAGACCACGACGCGGUAGCCAACAAGCAAGAGCGCGCAGCAUCCUCGGGCGUAUCCGGCGCUGCUGCUGCGGUCGGCGCCGCUACACUCGGAGCCAUUGGUACAGGCGCAGCAGCUCUGGGCCUCUCACAACGUGCCGAGGGCCCUGCCGACCAGCAAUCCGUCGACAGCAACACGCGCAGGCACGCCUCGUCCUCGCAAGCAGACGCAUCAUCGAUCACUGGCACGACGACCGCCCCUACAUCAGCAGCCGGCGGAUUAGACACACCCAAGAGCACGGGCGAGGCGUCGAUGAUGCCAGCAUCAACCGCUUCAGCUCACCCACGCGACUGGAGCGUAGACCAAGUGUCGAGCGUGAUCAGUGGGGAUGUGCUGUUGGAGAUGGACGUCAACAUUCUAAAGGAGAUUGACAUCGUGGCAUUUGGGAAGCGCUUCCAAGUGGCGAACGCGAUCAAGGAGUUGAAGGGCGGUCUUCAGUCGCCCAGCAUGAACUCGGCCAUGGACGCUCAGCCUGCGGCGGCGGCUUCCGCUGCAACGGGAUUGGGAGCUCGGCCGGCGUCCAUCGACACGGCUGCAGCUCAGCGCGAGGUCAGCUACGAUCGUGGGACGAUCAUCACGCACCCAAUCGACGAGGAACCUCGCGCGAAUGUCAACGACAACCGCGUCUCCACCUCGUCUUCAAAGGACGGUGGCGCGACGGGCGGCGCGACGGGCGGCGCGACGAGCGGCAAAUCGCUUUCGCAACUCGCAGACGAAGCGCUGCUCAACCGACGAGCACCCUCGACUAGCUCAGCGGGUCCUCCGCCCGCAUCGCCACGCAAGCGCGAGCACAGUAGCAACCUCUCCAACCUCAAGCCGAGCGGUUCAGCGGAUCGCGCCUCGUUCUUCUCUUCGUUCGGUCCAGGCCGUGGACGCAAGGCCGCUCCUACUUCGCCACCCUCGCGCGGGUCCAACAGCCAUGACGACGCGCCCACCUCACUCAAGAGCGGAGGCACCUUUUCCAAGCUCGGUUUUAACCGACUCGCCAACAGAGGCAGCCAGAUGCCGCAGCAAGGGGGAGGAUUCAAGGACCAGAUUUCGCUGCCUACCACGAGCCCGACGUACGAUUCCAUGGGCGACACGGCGCGCAGGAAUCGCACGUCGCAGGCCAGCAACGGCAGUGGGAGCGCGACGAGGAUGGGCCCUGCGCUGGGAGGGUACGCCGCAGCCGUGGGUACAGAAGAUGGAGCCGCAUCGACGCCUGCGCCCGUAGCCGACGCGAAUGGCCCUGUAAUGUCGCGCAUCCGUCCCGUCGAUCUCGAGGGCUGGAUGCGCAAAAAGGGAGAACGCUACAAUGUCUGGAAGCCGCGCUACCUCGCCUUGAAGGGCAGCGAUCUCGUCAUCCUGCGCGAUCCCUCGGCGCCCAAAAUUAAAGGCUACGUCAGCAUGAAGGGGUACAAGGUGAUUGCGGACGAGAAUACCAACCCGGGCAAGUACGGGUUCAAGAUCCUGCACGAGACGGAGAAGCCGCACUACUUUUCGAGCGAUGAUGCGUUGCUUGUGCGCGAGUGGAUGAAGGGCUUGAUGAAGGCGACGAUUGGGCGCGAUCACAGCUUCCCGGUCAUCUCGUCUUACAACAACCCGACGAUGUCCCUGAAGGAAGCGCAACGCAUGAAUCCGCCGCCGCGCCCGCCUUCCCCUACGAGCAGAGCGAGGAUGCAACGUGCGAGGGCGAGGGAGAAUCCGGGAGAGCUGACGGCCAAAGACCAGGCUGUGCUUGCGGGUAUUCAGCAGGGGCAGGAUCAACACCAGCACCAACACCACCAGCAGGGACGACAGGGCCAGAGAGCAUAG